AUAUUGUCAAACAAAACGGUCUAGUUUUCCCAGACAAGCGACAGUUGAUUCUAGUGUGCAAUUAGAGAAAAGGCAGAACGAUGUAUUCGCCCAAAACGCCGCUUACCUCACGAUGUGGCUAUCUGCGCAGCCGCAAACGCAUUAAUCCGCAUCCAAUAUCUCAAUUGAUGAAGCUUGCAAAGGCAGAAAAAUCCGAGAAACACUCAACGAAGCUGGAAUCCUCGUCGAAACCGGAAUCCCAGCCAGCUGCCCAGGACGUUGGCACCGACGUUGACCAGGACAUUGGUAAACUAUUCAAGAAUCCUUUCUAGUGGUUUAUUCAA